UUAGUUUCAUCUAGUUGCAUUCUGCGACUGGUCUCACCGUUUCUGUCUGGGCAUUAAAGGCCAGAAUAGAAAGGAAUCUCGAAUAAACAUAAUCGAAUGAAAAACAUUUUAAAGAUCAACGUGUACUUGAACGAAAGAGUGAUAUCAGCUUCCUUCCGAAAUUUCACAUUCAACGGGCGGAUGGUUCACUCAUCAGCGAAAUAAUAAAUCAAUGAGGAAUAAAAAAGGAAAUGAGGAAUCCGGAAGUGAACGUUUACGUGAGUGGCAUUGAGUGAUAUCAAAAAAUCUCUCCGAUCCAUAUCGUCAAUUAUCCUUAUUGAAAACACCUUCAGCGAAUUCUCGUCAGCAUAAGGAACCAUUUAUUCCUCGAUUGUGAAUGAAAAUUAAUGGGAUUUCGAGUUAAAUAUUUGAAUCGAAAUUGACCCAGUGACAGUACGGAUUCGAGGUGAAAUAUCUGUAUGAUAUUUUUUUGGAAAUGGCUGCUGACCUACUUGAAGCCAAAAUUCAUAAAAUACGACAGCAAAAUGAGGAGAUAAGACGACGUUACGAGGAAGUUGAAGCCGACAAGCAAAAUGCUGCGAAAUCAAAUGCCUUGGUGCAGAUGGUACCCUCCACCGACUGGCCCGAACGAAAAGAGCCUCCUGAAUUUGUCAACACACCGCAACUGCCAAAAAAUCUCUCAAAACCCCGAAAUUCCCCGAGAGAAUCCAACGAGGGCUUCCAAUACCGCGCAGGUGGAGAACCAAAGAAGGUCCACAUGUUUUCUCAGAGUGAAGGGCCCCCACCGGACCCAAAAUACAAUUUCCUCGCUGACUCCGAGCGCGAGGAACGCCAUGAGAGCUUUCCACGCGAGGGCGACAAGAAUAAAGCACGUGGCAAACCAUCACGUCCGCAUUUUAGGAAACAAAGGGGUGGGAGAGAGUGUCGAGGAAAAUUAGGGGGUUCAGGACAAGAUUCAUUGCCUGAUUAUGAGGCGUGGAGGGCCGAGAGGAAUAAAAUUGAUGAGGCGAGGAUCAGCAGACAGAAGACGGCCGAAGGAAACUGGAAACGUGAAUGGGAUAAUGAUAAAAUGCAUUUGGUUGACGACACGCCAAGAUACUCUCACUCACUAGGAGAUGCCAUGCGAUAUCCUCGAAACUCUUCGUAUUCCCACGGACGCGAGUCCGAUCACGAGAAGAGAUUCCCUAACUCGACGGAUAAGAAUUCCCAAAUUAACCACAGUUCGAACACUACCAAGAAUCCCCUGAUGAGUGUCAAAGUGAGCACCUCAAAUAUUGUUGGAACAGGUCGAGUUGGUCCUCGUCAGAGAAGUCGCGUUGUGUACAGUACUCCAUCAGAAAAGGAGUCAAUGAAUUUCCAAGUUGGAAAUUUUCUUGCACAGAGUAGUCCAGAGGAUACAGCGAAAUCGAGCAAUUUCAACAUUCCAAAGGAUUUUCAUUCUCCAAGGAAAAUUGACUCAAGUAAGUUUCCUCAGGCUCUCGGACGAGAGCUUGAGAGAAACGAUUCCAAGUCACAUAAAACCACUGUCAAGUCGCCAUCGUUCAAUAGUAAAGAUUAUAAGAAUUUUCAAAAAUCUCCACAUGUCCAAAGACGGAACACAGGAAUCGGUGGGCAAUCUAAGUCACCUAGAAAUAUUCGGAAGUUCGAGAAGGGAUUGAAUGAGUCGAUGACGAGGGAAUCAGUGUCAUCAGGAAUAAACGAGUUCCUAACUUCUAAUGGGAAUAAAAUUCCUUCCGAGGAGAAGAGGUAUGAGAAUGUAGCAGAAAGUCCAAAAAGGCCCAAUCACGAAGACGAUAUUUCUAACUUCAAUAGAGAUGUCAUUAUUGAAGUCAUGAAGGAAGUAGUGGAGACUGUUGGGAGUCAUGGAGAGCCUCCACACAUCGAAGCUCAUGAAUCAGUUAAAUCUUCUUCUGUUGAUUUUUGCAAUGAACAUAACAAUGAUGACGUCAGUGUUAAUAUUAAGAUUGAUAUUGAAGGAGUUGAUAAAAACGAUGAAAAUGUGGAAGAUGAUGGGAAAUUUCUGGAGAACGAAAAUAAAAUAAAUAUAGCUUUGAAGGAACAAAAGCAAGAAGAAAAAGAAGGAGUGAGUGUUGCUCAGGAUAAUCUAGAGGUCAUUGAGGACGAUCCAGCAGAAGUGAUUAAUAAACCUGCAUUUAAUUCAACAAUUCCAGCAGCAGAAGAAUUGAGAGACAAAAUUUCAGCCCCUGACACUGAAGAAAUUUAAUUAAUUCGAAUACAUCAAGUUAUUUAUUUAUUGAAAUGACCCUUUCAAGGUUUAUGAUUCAUUGUCAUCCAUAAGAUUCUUCACAUGGGCUAGUGAAGAUGUUUAAAACGUGAGAAUUUUUAUCAGGAAAAAGUGUUGAGAAAAUUCUGUAAAUUUCACUAAAACUAUAGCAUUUUUGGAAAGAGUUUCGUUCAAAGUUUCUAACAAUUCAAAAAAUUUUUAACAAGGUUUUUUUAUUAUUUAUUUUUAGUUAUUUA